UUUGUACCCGACAUCGUGAUACCAGAUGUUUUAACGUCCUGAAUGAAGUUAUAGCUGUUAUUAAGUAACACAAAAUGAAUAUAUUGAACUUUGUAAUCGUGAUAAUUAUAUAUUUUUUGGGGGAUAUUUGCAAAGGUCAGGGAGUUUUUGUUUCACAAGAUGAAACGACAUGGAACGAGUCUAGAUGCACCUUGGCACAACCAAGUGUAACCUGCCGGGAUGAUGGCUCAUGCAUUGUUGAAAAUGGUUUGGAAUUUCUAACAAAUGUAGAAGAUCAAGACAAUGGAUUUUGGAUUGGAUAUGCCAAAGCAUGGAUUAGUUAUGCUUAUGUUGGAUGUGAGGAAUUGAACAAUGGAGUCGAAUAUUCUGUUUCAACUCUGGGAGAAUGUAGACGUACAACUGGAUGCAAAACAUUCGGUAUACAGAAAUCAACAGCGGGUUUGCAAUGUCGAUGUGCCAGUAAAAACGCCCCGCGGACACGAACAUGCGAUGAAACAUGUGUAGAAACUGAUCAAUAUCCGUGUGGUGACACAGCCGACACCAACAUAUUCUCAGUUUACACUGUUGAAAAUGUUCCUCCUAGCGAACAUUCACAAGCCAUUCACAAAAACUGCCUACUGUUCUUUUUUAAGUACAGACUUGGAUAUGAUUUUUAUUGGGAGUCAUGCACUUCAAACACCUUCCCAACGCUAUUAUGCAGCAACAAAUAUUUUUCAGAAAACAACCCGAUGGCGGAAGUACAUGAUCCAAUUUAUUCAAACUGGGCUCAGGCUGUUAAAAGCUGCAUUGUUCGAGAAAAAUUCCCUGCAUCGAUAAAAAGUAUUAAAAAUGUGAAUUUUACCGACAAGGACGCGCAGAACCACUGGACGGGGAUAAUUAAAACAGAAUCUAUUAUAUCUCUGAACGAUAUGCUUGGUAAUAGCACCUAUCCACCUUUGAAGUAUGCAUAUGUGGAGAAGAUAAACAAGACUUUUUACGUCAAAUUUGCCAACGAAGGUGACUCGAAAAAAAGAUUGUGCGCAGGAGGUACGUUGCCGUCAACCGCUUAUGGCAAUACAACAUACACAGAUCAAACACAAGCGCCAACAUUUAAUACAACGCCAAUAUCGCUUCCGGUACCUGAAGAAACAACAGAAACUUUAGACAAGGACGAAGGGGGGUCAUCCACUGGAAUAGUGGUCGGUGUUGUUAUUGCUGUGACAUUACUUGUUGUUGGAGUACUUGCAGUUAUGAUUAAGAAAAGGGGCAUGCUCAGGGCUUGCUUUAAAAACACCGCGACAGCAAAGUCUUCAGGACAACCAGACACAGGGGUGUCCACUUCUGUUGAAAAUCAACAACGAGUUGAAUAUGUUAACACAGUAAACAAUGAAAUGGACAAAAACACUGGAAAGAGCAUAAAAGGAAAUGCUUACGAAAAGCUUAACAUUACUACAGGUGUUGACAACUAUCUCUCAAUCGAAGAAAUAAAUACAGACGAGCAUGAAUAUCAAAAUACAUGAAUGCAAAGAGGAACGUAAUAAUGCAAAGAGAAUAUUCGUUUUGCAGCUGUUUUUUAAUAUAAAGUACAUGUAUUUAUUAAUUACAUUCAUAACAUAACGAUAAAGAUGUAUUUAGAUAAAAUGUCACAAUAUCGCCUUUUUAUGAUUCAACAUAAUUAUUCAUAUAUUUAUCAGGCAUUCACAGAAAGCAACAUGUUCACAAUUAAUUAAACGAA